GCGCUAUCUUUCGGUAGACUCGGGAAAGCUUUUAUUGUGGCGAUUGCUCGUUGUUGACUCCUAAAUUAAGACAAAUUAAGUUUUUGAUUCAACUUUUUAAGAAUGAGAGAUUGAUUCUGGCUUGGAACUUUUUUGUCAAAACAAUCCGUAGAUGUGUGAAAAUGUUAGUGAUAUCGAACGGAGAUCCUUUCUGAAGAAUGGAGAGUAAAGAAAAGGAAAGAACGGAGGGAUAUCCGGAGAGUGCCUUCAGGUUUUGGGGUGAGGAGCGUGAGGCAGAUAUCAUCUACUCCGUCUUUCUCAAGAAGGUCAGCUAUAAGAAGUCUGCAACAGAUGCCUCCGCUGCAGUUCAACAAGAUGAUUCCUCUCCGGAAAGUAGUGUUCAAUUCUUAUCGUAUCUGCAGUGGGAGACAUUGAGGAUACGAACCAUCAAGGCGGCGUCCGUGCAGCGCCUUGUGGAGUACCUUCCAAUAGCCGUAGAACAGAUGGAUUCUGUCUACAUCAAUGUUUUCUUCUCAACGUACCAAACCUUUAGUUCACUCCGCGAGGCACUGGGUAUUCUCCUCAAAAGGUAUAUAGAACUGCAGGAGGGGUCAAGAAAACCAGAGAAAGACAGACAACUUAAGAAUAUCCGGUCAGUAGUUAUGAUGUGGCUUGAGGAGAGCCAGGACGACUUCCGAGAAGCGCCUGACUACCCUUGCCUUCAUAUGAUUGAGGAGUUUGCACGGGAUGUGUCUCAGGAUGUAGAACUCCAGCUGCGCGCUGAAUACCUGAUGACAUCCUUUGAGAAUGAAGAUUCACCAAAGAAAUUAUCACCCGAGGUGCCCAAGUUUCAGUUUUCUGUCUGUGAUGAAGUUGAUUUCAUGAUGUUAGCAACGAUAGGAUACCAAGAUAUAAGGGAGAUAGAUAGUCAGCUGUUAGCAGAACAAAUCACAAGGAUGGAAUCAGCACUCUUUCAAAAGGUUAUCCCUCAACACUGCCUUGGGUCCAUCUGGUCCAGGAGAGACAAGAAACAUGGUGUUGACCCUACAACAGUCGCGGCAACCGUUGACCAAUUCAACGACAUCACAAUGAAAGUCAUGUCGACCAUCUUGGAAGACAAGUUACUGAGGCCGAUCACUAGAGGUCUUGUCAUUAGCAAAUGGAUUGAUGUGGCUCAGGCAUGUAGAGAGCUAAAGAAUUUCUCAGCGUUGAAAGCAAUCAUCUCAGCCCUUCAAUCUCACCCUAUUCAUAGAUUAAGAAGGUCAUGGAAUUCAGUGCCCAAAUCUACCUUAGUACUUUUUGAAGAUCUUGCCAACAUCUUUGUAGAUGACAACAACUUUGAAACGUGGAGACAAAUCAUCAAUAAGGAAGGUACAGCCAAGUUUGCCACAAUUUCACCAAGGAGCAGCAAAAAAGUGACCAAGUCCUUGCGCAAAAUGAUGAGCUCAGAUAAGCUGGUCGUACAGAGAAGAGAUUCGUGGCAUGGUAAAGUCAAUGGGACAGUGCCUUAUUUAGGAACAUUCCUAUCAGAUCUAAUCAAGAUCGACUCAGCCUAUCCUGAUACAGUAGAAGAUGGACUCAUCAACUUUGAGAAGAAGAGAAAGGAGUUUGAAGUUGUUGCUCAAAUUCGAUUACUUCAGAUGGCGAGUAAAACCUAUCAAAUCUUCCCUGAUGAGAAGUUUCUAGACUGGUUCAAUAACAUCAAUGUUCUUUCAUACCAACAAUGCUGCACAUUAUCAGAGGAAUUGGAGUCAUCUAACAUGAUGCCUAGCUCUGCUCCUACUACACCAACUAUGACCAAAGCUGACAAACCUAAGACAUACAGGAAGUUCUUCAGCUUCACGGCCGAGGACUUCAAAAAUCGGACAAGCACAAACAGUACAACGGAGAGCGUGAACUCUUCGUCAUAUUCCAAUACAAACAGCAGCAAUGGGAAGGAUUCGUGCCGUGUGAGGACGGGCCCUGAAGCCAAGAAUCACAGUAGCACUAGCAGCAUCAGCAGUAGCACGUCCUCAACGCCAUCGUCGGACGACAGCAUGAGCAUCGCAAGCAUCGACAAUCAACUGCCAACUCCCACACAUUCAGCGUCUUCGACGUCGUCUUCAGCGGCAUCAGGCACGACAUCUUUGUCGUUAUCGUCUUCAUCGGAAGCUGGUAGUAGAGAUUCAAGUCUGUUGUCGGUUGAGAACAGUCCCAUUAACAAACCUCAAAGGCAGAGUCUAAAGGCUUCUCUUUCCCUGACCUCCCUCCCUACCCUUGAAAGACGGAGGUCCACCGGUCCUCAAGGUUGGGAUUUACCAUCUCAUUCUUGUCGUAUCAUCAGAGUUGGUCUCGAUGACAGUCUGCAAAAAGAAGGAGAUGGAAAUAUCUACAGGAGUCUUGUGAUCACUCACCAAGAGCAUACUCCAAGUAUCAUCAAGACUGCUCUAAUGAAGCAUCACAUUCCAGAGCCUUGGGAUUACCAGGAUUUUCAGCUCAUUCAACUACUUGAUGAUAGAGAACUCAUCAUACCAGGAGAUGCUAAUGUCUUCUAUGCAAUGAACACAGCUGCCCAGCCUCAUUUCCUCCUCCGAAGUAAGUCCGUAGAAGCUGAGGACUCUAGCAAGAAAAAGAAGAGUGUGCGAGGAGGAAGUCAAAAGGGAUCAAAACGUCCCCUAAUCAAGCGCAUGUCGUGGGUCAAAGUUCACGAAGAAGCUAGAUGAGAUCCCCCCCUCCUGCACGGCACAAUGACGCCGAGGACGGACUGAACAUGCAGGACAUGGGUGUGAUCGGUCUGGAUGGAUGUUCAUUAGAUUUCAAUCGUGUGUGUUUAGAGUGGACAUUGGAUCUAUGGAAACGGUGACCUGUGAUGAAUUCACAGUACAGAGUAUUAGUAUUGUGUUAACCUGUCUGAGACUGAAUGAUUUCGCUCUAUAACGUGUUUUCCAUAGACUUCAGCCCACAUAUUUGCAGGCUUGGUCUCCAUCAGGUUUAAGGGAAGCAGUGUGCGUAGAACGAUUCACAUACAGAUUUGCUAUGCAGAAUACCAGACAAUUAAGAAAUUACCGCUGCGAUGUGUAGAAUAUUUUGACACCAAGUGGUUUAUACAUUAUGUGCGUGAUAAUGCUUGCCAUGCCAUCUAGUUUAGUUUGAUGAUAGUGCACCAUUCUACAGAGAAUUGAGAUUGAUCCAAUUAGUGUAAAAUAUAGAAAGCCACCAAUCUCCUAAUUCCAAUCAGGGAAUUUCCUUAAUCUUUUGGUAGAAACAAAUUGUUUAUGAUUCGGCAAUGGAGGAAGCAUAGAUUUCAACUGCCACAGAUGAGAGUCAAUCUAGUCUCCCUUCAAAAAUGACUUCUGAAGCAUGCAAUGGGAUGAAAAUUGCAGUGUUCAGCCGUUGAAUAUUUGAUAAUCAAAUAUCUGAAUUACUACAAAGGGCCUUCUUUAAAACAAUCAUUACAAUAUAAGGGCAUUAAAAUCUGAUUUAAGAAUAAUAUUCUGUCAAAGAGUCCACUCAUGGAUAAUGAUUCAAAUGUUUUCAAAUAAUGCUUUUAAGCAUUCUGUUGUCCGAAGUACAAAAAAUGCUGCGUCAAAAGUAUGUAUGUGGACGUCAUGACUUUGGUCUCAUAGGAUGUGCGUGCAGGAGUCUAAAUAAGGAAAAAUUAUGCAAUAUCAGGCAACACCUUUGCAUGUAACUGACACAGUGUACAAAGUGUCUAUACUCAGCCCUUAAGUGCAUGAUGAUUUUUUUCUAUAAAGUUUAUUUUUCGAAAGUCUUGCUCACUCCCUUUUUUAUAUGAAUUGCAGCUCAAUUUUUUUCUCCAAAUGCUAGAUUAUGAAUAUUUGUUAUAUUUCAUAUAUGUUUUUUGACCAAAAUACAUGUAAUGAAUAAUUAAUCAGUUUUAUGAUUUUACCUCUCAAAUUUAUAAUUGCAACAUUUUAUUACCCUUAUUUGGAUUUUUUUCUGGACACCCUCCCCCCCCUCCCCUGAACUGUAUAAUCAUUCAGUUGAACAAAUUGAAUACAACUCAUAUCAUUUUGUGCCUUUUUAUAUUUUUUAGGAUUAAGAAAUCUUACCAGAUGUCAAUUUAUUCUUUCAAUUACUAUCAUUAUGAUUCAAUUACUUGUAAAAUGUAAAAUUUGAGGGGUGAUGAAUUAAUUUUUGAACCCAUUCCCUGAGAGUUGUUCGAGAAAGUCAGGAUGUCUUGUUUGAAUAUUUAACAAUAUUAAUAUGUUUACAUGCAUGGCCCUGUACAGUUAUUUUGUCAUGUAUUGUUUUGUAAAGCAUCUUAUAUGUUUAGGUUUUUAUUACAAUGCCAUUCUUGCCUGUACUCAUAUCGACUAAUUUUACUUAAGCUCUUAAAAUACUUGGCUUUUAUUUCCAAGACUCUUAAACAGACUGGCGGCUUAAGUAGAAAUAUAACAACUACACCAUUGAAGCUUAGACAAUGCAUUUUCAGAUCUUCAUUAUAUUUUUUUUCAAAUAUUUACUUUUCAAUGGGAUUCCCAUGUUUCUCAUUUUCUUGCCUAUUUUAAAUUAAUUCUUCAACUCUUGAUGAAGAUAAAGUAAAUAAUUAUUUUAAAAUGUGAUUAAUCAUAUUGAUCACCUUUUUUCAAAUCCCAAUCUAAUUAUGCUUAGAUUAACAAAUUUUGUGCCAAAAUCAGAAUAUCUUUUGAUACAUGAAUAUAUUUCUGUAGUCAUUUCCUGUGUAUUUCUUCUUCGAUCUAAUGAUAAUCGUGGGGUAUUUGUUGAACAUUCAUUUCCAAUCCAAAUCACACAAAGGAAAAAAAAUUACUGAUUUGCACCACCAUGAUUACAACUCAUAUACCUGAUUUAUCAUUUUUAUGAAAAAGGGGAAGGGGAUAAUUCAACCCCUCGUCAUUUGUUGGUUGUUAAUGGAAUCGUAAUUGACUCUUCACAAUCAAUAAUAAAGUAUGAAGUUCUUUAUACACAUCCUAUAGUUUGAAAAUGACCUGUGACAGUUUCGAAGACGGCUGUCGCUUUCUUCACUGGCGAAGGGCAAGUGAUGAAAUUGGUGCCAACUAGCGUCACAUGAAUCGUUCAAGCUGUUGGAUGUGUACGGUAGUACAGGUACUUCCUAUUUUAUUAACUUGAUGCUUGUAGACAUCUUAUUGGAAUGUGUGUAUGUUAUAUCCUGAAUAAUAACAACAACAAACAACAAUUUAUUGUGACAUGAGAACUUUGCAGUCAUGGGGGUGUUUCACGGAGAUCUAAGUAUGACUUGAUAGUCACACUUGAAUGCAGAUGCGUACAUGAUAUGCAGCGCACAAUCUUAUUGAUCAGUAUGCAGUUGUACCCAUCCUCUUGGCUUGAUCUGGCCAAUGCGGUCAUGCCAUUUUUAUACCGCACACAACUAGGAAUUUAAGUGCAACUCUUGAUCAUACAUAAAUCUUUGUGAAAUGUCCCCCUGAACUCAAAAUAGCCAUCCCCCCCUUAGCUGAAAUGUGAUGAGACAGCAAGUUAUAAAUUCAGCUAUUGCAUGACAUUCCAGUCAUUUCUCAUUAUCAAAGUCAAUGUAUAUAUUCUGUUUAUUUAUACAUUCUUCAUGAUUCUCUAUUUUAUUCAUUUCUACUUUCCAACACCUAAGAAUGGAUGCACAAGUUGGUAUUUUCUCCCAUUUUCACUUUGUAUUUCGUCAGCUUAUAUGACUUAAUCUAAUUUGCACGUGUGUGUGUAUUAAGAGCCGUUUAUUUUUCUAUUACUGCAAUUUUUAAUUCGACAAUCAUGAAAAAAAUUGACAAUAUCAUGAACAAAUUUUCCAAAAUGCAAUUCCAAUAUUGUGGGGAUAUUAUUUUUUAUAAAUAGUAUUUGUAAUUGUAACUUUGUUAGUUCAUUUUUCAAAUGUUGAAUUAGAGUUACAAUAUUUUAUAUUACUUAAUUAUUUUAUCAAUAAUUGUGCACUGAUUUCAUAAUUAACAUUCCUUCUUUUUCCUACUAUGUUAUAGGUUGGGAAUACCUCGGUAGAGUUGAAGGCCUAUUUCUUUGAUUAUUGAUUAUUUCUUCAAUAUUUGUAAAGAAACGAAAGUACCUCUGCCAUUGGAUAUUUUCUUGAAUUUUCCUUUGAUUUUAUUAGUUUCUUUCAUAUAAUUCUAGAUACCAUCCGUUUUCUGCACUGUGCCCCCUGUCAAUAUUAUUUAAUAAUCAAGCUUGCUCCAUCAAUUUUCAUUUCUGUAAUGAGUUGUUUUAACAAUCUGAAUGCUUAAAAAUAAGAGUGCUCAAAGACUGAAAGUCAACCUUUAUAUUUUGGGUUGUAAGAAAUAUCUUGAAUCAAUGACAUCAUUGAAAAUAUUUAUAUCACUUGGAUAAUGUAACUUUCGAAUGAUACCUUGAUUUUGGUAUCUAGAAGCAUUCAUCACUGAAUGUUAUAUUUUAUUAUGCAUAAUUGAAAUUGGUUCACUUCCUCCUUCAAGGCAAGGUACUAUUAAUAAAUUAGAAAGCUGUGUGAUUUAGACUUUCUUUUUACAACCCAUAUAUAUGUGAAGCUCAAUUUCAUUGUUCACUUGAGCAAAUCAUAAAAAGAAAAUAUGUACAAUUUAUUCUUUUUCCCUACCAUCGUUGUAUAUGUGCUUUAUAAAUCCAUCUUCGAUUCUUCAAAUCCGUUAUAUUCUAAUUUAUAAAAUUUUCUAGAAUAACUUUACGUAAUAAAGUGAAUGUCUACUUAAAAUUCAUGUAAUCAGGUGUUAGGGCCCGUCUUAGAAAGAGUUACGAUUGAUCCGAUCAAUCUCAAGUUAAUGUAAAUCCAUCUAUGUCAUUAAUUUUUGUAAUAGGAAAUUUGCACUAUAUCCUUUUAAAAUAGAAAAGCAUACAGAAUUGUCAAGAAAACCGUGAAUGUAUGAAUACAUUUUAAAUAAACAUGUAUUUUAGAUGUUGACGUUACUGGCUUUCCAUAGUUGUGGUUGAUUAGAUCAAUUGUAAGUCUUUGUAAGAAGGGGCCAUGUGUUUGGUGAGUCCGUUAUUCAGGUCUAACAAUCAAAGUGAGGCACACAGACUUCAGGAAGACAAAGAGAUGGCUGAAUUGUACACAGAAAUGUAUUAUCAAUAAUAAUAGGCAUUUAUAUUGCGCCAUCUAUCUAGAAAUUAUCUAUUCAGAGGCGCAUUGUUAUUAUUACCCCAGCUUUAGCUCAAGCAGCCUUCCAACGCUCAUUGAAUUAAAAGAAAUUAAUCCUAGUGGGUACCCAUUCACCUCACUUGGGUUGAGUGGAGCACAAUAUGGGUAAAUUUCUUGCUGAUGGAAAACACGCCAUGGCUGGGAUUCAAACCCACGUCCCUCAGAUUGAGAGAUGAGAAGCGUUACCGCUAGACCAUGAUGCCACCACAAUGUAUUCCUGGCUGCAUGUAUUUGUGACUAGAUUAUUAAUAGCCAAGUUUGGUGAACCUAACAGAAUGAGGUUGAUACAUCCAAUUUAUACAAUCAAGUAUGUUUCAUGAUAGUAGGCCUCUAAUUAUUCUUCUGUGAACACAAAGUAUUCUCAAUUUUUUUUAUGUUAGCACAAAGUUGAUUUAUAAAGACAUGACUUGUACUGUAAGAUUUUGAUGUUUUUGCCUUAUAUUUGUAAUGAUAUAAAAAGAUAUAUUUUACUUCCUUGUAAAUGUGUAUAUAAGAAAAUAACUCUAUUUCAUUUUACCAAUGGAUUGCAUAUAAUAUACUUGUAUAUAAAAGCUGGCAAUUUCAUAAGUUUGGUAUACUGAACUUUGAAAGUUAUCUGUGUAACUCAGUGAAUGUGUGUAUAUCUGUGCCUUAUGUAUUGAGUAUUAUUUGAUAAUCAUGUACCCGAUUUAAAAGUGUUAUCCAUGAUGUUGAAUUUGAAAGUUUAUGCAACUCUUGAAUCUUGAAUAUAAUGUAUUCUAGGAAUAAGUGCAGAAAGAAGAGGAAUCUGACAAGCAUGCCUUUGUGAUAUCAAUUCAAAUAUAUUUUUGAAUGCUUCAAUAGCAGUAAUAUAUGCAUUUAGGAUUUUCAUUGGUGAAAAACACAAUGAUUUUUAUCAUGAAUAGUCUCAUCUGUUCAUGUGCAGAUUAUGUUAUGCUUGUAAAAUGUGACCAAUGUGCCUUCAUAUUGAAGUGAUGUAUGCAUUGAUAGUUUGAUCAUUUUUGUGAUAAAUUGAAGAUUAUUUUUAUGCUUGGUAACUGAGUAGUGAGGAGUAUUACACAUGUUGUCCUUGUUACAAUCAGAAUCACUGGUGGAUAUCUUGAAAUAUCAAUGUAAGGACCAGAGAUCAGUAAUAACUUGUGUUUUAAAUAUAUUGCAAUUGGUGUUUAUCCACAGAGGAAAUAUAUAUUGAUCAACAAAAAAUUGAUUUCAUAGUCAUAGCAGCAGACAGAUAAUUUUUUAAUUAAAUUUAAAAAUGAAAAAUGUCAGGCUCACACCCAGGAUACUAUGUUAAAAGUUGAAUUUCUUUUUCUACUACUACUACUACUGUCAACCACACUACCUUACAUUUCUUCAUUAUUUCAGCAACAAAGUUCUACAUACUCUCUUCGUUCUACUGCUGCUCCUUUGUAAUUCCAAAGUCCAGAAAACAGGCCUGUAUCAACUCCUUUGAAUCUCUUGCCCCCGUCUUUGGAACAAACUCCCUCCAUCUCUUCAAAACCUC